AUGGUCAGACUACUCUUCUGGAUGUCAAUGAACCCGGAUUACAAUGAACUUAUCGAACCAGAACUAGAAUCACUUGCCGAAUUAUUCGGAAUAACACCAGAACAGUUUAAACUAAGACAUCACAAACAUGAAGAGUCGGACGAAACGGAUAGGUUUGACGAAGAUGGAUCAUACAUGAAGUUUGAUGACUACUAUAUGGCACUCGUAUGCGGAGAAACGAGAGAAGAUAAAAGGGUGAAAAAACAUAGACAAAAUGUAUUCUACUACGCAACUGUACCGAACGUCGAAACUGCAAUAGCAAUGUUUGAUCGCUCUGUACUAAUCAAGGGGAUCAUUGAUGUCUGGACAGAGGGGAAAACGUACGAAGAAAUACUUAAUCAAAUACGAGAAAAAUAUGAACAUCUCGUGCAACAGAAGUUAUUGGGGAAGACAUGGUGUACCAAAUACAACUGCUUUAACGGAAAAAAUGAUCAAAACAGACUUGUAGAGAUACUCGAAGGAAUGGCAGAAAUAUUCGACAGAGCGGGCAAAGUGGAUAUCAAAAACCCUGAAACUAAAAUCGCAAUCAUAGAGAGCUACGCAGGUUUCACAUCGAAAGAUCUUAGGACUAUAUACUUCGGACAUUACAUAAGGGACCGGGGAGAUAUAGGAUACUGGUGGGAUAGAUAUUCCCUAUCUAGACGACCUAUAUUGGCACCAACUACAUUGGAAAAUAUGCUUGCAUUCAUCAUGACAAAUCUGGCCAUGGUUAAAAAGGGCUCUGUAGUAUUGGACCCUUUUGUCGGAUCCGCAGGUUCAUUGAUAUCGGCAACGCAUUUCGGAGCUGUCUGCCUAGGUAGUGACAUCGAUAUGAGAAUACUCCAAGGAUGGGCAAUGGCACAUCACAAUCGCAACCUACCACCAUCAGACCUCAAUAAGAAUGCAUACACCAACUUCAUAUUCUACGGACUGCCCAUACCAGAUAUGCUGAGAUUUGACAACCGAUGCACGGUAUGGAAAUCAAUGGACGAAUCCUCGUACAAGGGCAAAGAGUGGAUCGAUGCAAUUAUCGCAGACCCGCCAUACGGUAUAAGAGCCAGUGCAAAAAACCGGAGAUUGCUAAAUGAUGGAGCUGGCGAUGGAGUUGUAGAUUGCCUAAUAGAGACUUUGUUGCGCAUCGCUGAAACUAUGCUGGUACCGCGAGGGAGACUUGUAUUCCUGCUACCGUCUAGAAAUGAUAGAAUGGCAGAGACAUUGCAAAUGGUUCAUCGGUCAAAACUGCACUUGCGGCAUGUGGGCCUCCAGACAUUAACAGGAGGGGCGUCAAGGUUCGUCGUAGUGCUUGUCAAAACCAACGGCAACCAAGCGAACAAUAUAUCCGAGCAAGACAAAUGCAUCUGUUAG